UCUUGUAGGAUGAAGUGGGAGCCCCUGGGAUUGUCGUUGGUGUUUCUGUGGAUGGGAAAGAAGUUUGGUCGGAAGGCCUGGGAUAUGCCGAUGUGGAAAACCGGGUGUUGUGUAAUCCAGAAACAGUCAUGCGUAUUGCUAGUAUCAGCAAAUCCCUUACCACGACUGCUGUUGCCAAGCUCUGGGAAGCGGGAAAGCUGGAUUUCGAUGCCCCAGUCCAGAAAUAUGUUCCAGAAUUUCCAGAAAAGGAGUAUGAAAGAGAGAAAGUGAUGAUAACUACCAGAAUGUUACUGUCUCAUCUGAGUGGCAUUCGGCACUAUGAGAAGGAUGUUAAGAAGGUACAAAAGCAAAAAGAAAAGGACAAGAGGCUUAUUAAAGAGGAGGUGAAGUCCAAAGCUUCUGAUCAAGGCACUAAAGAAGAAAGCAACACAGAGAAACAGAAGGAGGCUUCAGAACUGGGAAAGGAGGGUGACCACACGCAACAGGACAAACAGCCAAAAUCAGAGAGUGAUAAAGCUGAAAACUCAGGGAAAAACAACAAAACCAUCCAAAUUAAGAAAGAUUCUGAGUACGACGAAUUCUUUAUCAAGGAGAAGUUUGAGAAUGUUUUUAAAUCACUGGAGCUCUUCGAGAAUGAUCCCUUGAUGUUCAAACCAGGAAGUCAGUUCUUGUACUCGACACAUGCCUGGACCCUCCUCAGCGCUGUGGUGGAAAGGGCUGCAGAGCAGAACUUCUUGCAACUCAUGAAGAAGCUAUUUUUGGAUCUUGACAUGCUUCAAACAGUGCCGGAUGAGCACGAGCCUAUCAUAUACAACCGAGCAAGGUAG